UCACGAAGAUGGCGGUCGCUAAGGAUGCUUGCACCUUUGGAGAAGUGGCCCCAGGGAACGGGCGGCGACUCCAUCUGGGGAUUCCUGAGGCCGUAUUUGUGGAAGAUGUAGAUUCCUUCAUGAAACAACCUGGGAAUGACACUGCAGAUAUAGUACUCAAGAAGUUGGAUGAACAAUACCAGAAGUAUAAGUUUAUGGAGCUCAACCUUGCUCAAAAGAAAAGGAGGCUGAAAGGUCAGAUUCCAGAAAUUAAGCAGACUUUAGAAAUUCUAAAAUACAUGCAGAAGAAAAAAGAGUCCACCAAUUCACUGGAGACCAGAUUCUUACUGGCAGAUAACCUGUACUGCAAAGCCUCUGUUCCUCCUACUGAUAAAGUGUGUCUGUGGUUGGGGGCUAAUGUUAUGCUUGAAUAUGAUAUUGAUGAAGCUCAGGCACUGUUGGAAAAGAACUUAUCAACUGCCACAAAAAAUCUUGAUUCUCUUGAGGAAGACUUGGACUUUCUACGAGAUCAAUUUACUACCACAGAAGUCAAUAUGGCCAGGGUUUAUAAUUGGGAUGUAAAAAGAAGAAACAAAGAUGAUUGUACCAAGAACAAAGCAUAAUACUGGCAAUUAGAAAAUAUAGUUCUGUUUUCCAAACACAUGUUAUCUUAAGUACCUCUAAAUUUAUCCUUAAAGAUUGGCAUAACAUUGAAUGAUUUUUUUUUAGCAGCAAGAAUGAGGAUUAAAACUUUUUUAAAAAGAUAUAUACCAUUUUGCCUAUUUAUAAAAACAAAAAUAAUUUUCAAUAUUUUACUAAAUUAGUACUACUUUAAUUUUUUUCACAUUUCCCAGUAAA